AUGGGUCUCCUCUAUCCUGCCGGUGUUGUAAUCGUGGCCGCAGCGGUGGUCGGACUGUACUACCUCUUCCGCGGCGAAGGCGAACAGAUUAACAUCGGCUACUUCCUCGAGUCGGUGUCUCCGUAUGCCUGGGCGAACUUUGGGAUUGCUAUGUGCAUUGGCUUAUCGGUGGUUGGUGCCGCAUGGGGUAUCUUCUUGACCGGCUCCUCGAUCGUUGGUGGAGGUGUCAAAGCACCCAGAAUCCGUACCAAGAACUUGAUUUCGAUUAUUUUCUGUGAAGUCGUGGCUAUCUAUGGUGUUAUCAUGGCUAUCGUCUUCUCCUCCAAGCUCAACCUCGUCGAAGGCGAUGAGGCCUUCUCUGGCAGCAACUACUACACCGGAUAUGCGCUGUUCUGGGGCGGUAUCACUGUGGGCGCCUGCAACCUGAUUUGCGGUAUCUCCGUCGGUAUUAACGGAAGUGGUGCGGCCCUGGCCGAUGCUGCUGACCCUAGCUUGUUCGUCAAGAUCCUUGUUAUCGAGAUCUUCAGCUCUGUUCUCGGUCUUUUCGGAUUGAUUGUUGGGCUUCUGGUCGGAGGAAAGGCACUUGACUUUGGAGCUGCCUGA